AUAAACUAUAGAUAGGGUCUAAUUAUAACCUUUUUAAAGGAAUGAAAUGAAAGAAUAUUUUAGGACAUUUAUGAGACAUUCAGGAGAUUACAAAAAAUAGAUUUAGGCCUACUAUUAGCGGAUCAGAUGCUGGUACUGGUGGUUUAAUCUGUUCUUAUAUAACCGCAUAGACAUUAAGACAGUAAGUUUUAACUUUUUUUAAAGAUGGGCAAAAAUGGUAAAGAGGAAAAGAAGAGAUAUGUUCAGAGAUUCAGGCAAGAAUGGCUGUCAAUGAAACCUUUCAGUGAGUGGUUACAUGAAGUUCCAGGUGACAGUCAGAAAGCAUAUUGUAGUUUCUGUAAAUGUGAAAUUAUAGCAAAAUUUCAUCAGCUUACAAAACAUAGUGAAGCCAAAAAACAUAUUAAUGCAAUACCUGAUCAAACAGUUCCUCUUCCUUUGGCAAAAUUGUUAACAAAUGCGGAAACCAAUCAGAAAAGCCAAGAAUACACAAUUAAAGUUAGAAAUCCUCAGUCUGAGAGUGAUACUCACAAUGGCGUUGAAGAAGAGAACCAUGAGGAAGAGGAGUCAGAGGAUGGCAUAUAUAUUGUUGAAAGAAUUGAAGGCCAAGCCCAGAGAUCUCUCAAUAAAGUAAUUUCUAUCCAGGCUAAAGCCAUGACAUCUACAACAGGCUAUGAAUUUGAAACACUAAAGAUAACAAGUCCCAAACAGUUCAUUAAAAAUGUGGAACUGAAUCGGCCCGACAAAAGAAAUGCAAUGAAUACAACUUUUUGGAAAGAUAUCUACAACUGUUUUACCAAACUGUCAGAUGAUCCUGAUUGCCGUGUAAUUGUGCUGUCUGGGGCUGGAAAAAUGUUUACAGCAGGUUUGGAUUUGUAUGAAAAUGAAAUAUUCAAAUCUUUGUUGAGUUCUGACAGUCAAGAUUCAAGCAGAAAAUCUUUUAAAAUUUUGAAAGGAAUUCAAGAGCUUCAGGAAUCUUUUAAUGUCAUUGAAAAGUGUCCAAAGCCUGUCAUUGCAGCUGUGCACAAUGGAUGCAUAGGAGGAGGCAUUGACAUGAUAGCAUGCUGUGACAUGCGCUAUUGUACACAAGAUGCUUGGUUCCAGAUUAAGGAAGUUGAUAUUGGAUUAGCAGCUGAUCUUGGAACAUUACAACGUUUUCCUAAAAUUAUUGGUAAUGACAGUCUCUACAGAGAAUUAGCUUACACUGGCAGAAAGUUUGAUGCAGAAGAAGCUAAAUCUAUAGGAUUUGUCAGUCGCAUACUGCCAGAUAAAAAUACUUUAUUGGAGGCUGCUAUUUUGAUAGCUGAGCAAAUUGCAUCUAAGAGUCCUGUGGCAGUGCAGGGUAUCAAAGUCAAUUCAGUCUACUCCAGGGACCAUGGAGUCUAUCAAGGUUUGGAGUACAUGGCCACCUGGAACUCUACAAUGCUGCAAUCAGAAGAUGUUGGUAAAGCUGUUAGUGCUGCCAUUCAGAAGGAAACGCCAGUGUUUUCAAAAUUAUGAUGGAAAUAGUUUUUACACUUUUAAAUAAAUUGAUUUUGGCUCAAAGCCAUCAACAUUUGUCCCAGUUACAUUGAAUAGUAAAAUUGUUAAAGUUUAUGAUUACAUUCUUAGCUGAUUUGUUGUGAUGUAUAUAUAUAUAUUAUAGGCACCAAAUAAUCAUAAUUCUAAGAAUUUAAUGUACCUGUUGAUUGAAGAUAUCUGAAGUUUAAUUGUUCACUAUGUGUACCUCAUGUUGAUCUUCUAAUUGUUCAAUUUUGUAAAAUAACUGCAAUAAACUUGAUACUUGA